CACUGACUGCGGCCCAGCGGGCAGCUCAGCUAGUGUCAGUGAGGUCGUACGAUAGUGAGCAUCUCGACGGCGCGCUCCCAUAUACACAUUACGAAAAAAAUCUCUCUUACCUUUUUUUGGCGGGUAAUUCGCAACAAUGUCGGCCACCGACGAACUGAGCGGCAUUCUCUCGAGGCGGCAGGAGAUAAAUGAAAAACUGGAAGAAGGGCUCGAAGUUAAACCUAAAUAUAAAUAUGUGAAUGUUUUUACCGAGUUUCAUGAAUUCACCAGGAAGGAAAUAAAACAGUACGAGGAGACCUUUAACAAGUUCGACGAGGGGCGCGACGGUUUCCUCGACCUGACGGAAGUGAAGCGAAUGAUGGAGCGGCUGGGCGCGCCGCAGACGCACCUCGGCCUUAAAGCUAUGAUCACAGAAGUAGACGAAGACGGCGACAACAAGAUCAGCUUCAGAGAAUUCUUACUAAUAUACCGGAAGGCACGGCUAGGCGAACUUGAAAUGGACUCCGGUUUAGAAGCGCUGGCACGAUUAACAGAAAUCAACGUCGACCAAGUAGGUGUCAACGGGGCAAAGAAUUUCUUCGAAGCGAAAAUUGAAGAAUUGUCAAAGAAAAACAAAUUCCACGAUGAAAUUAUUCAAGAACAGGAAGAGAAACGACGCGAAGCUGAAGAAAAGGCUCUGCGGAGACAAAGGUUUAAAGAAAAGACGGCAAUCUUUCAACAUUGAUUAUUAUCGUAACGUUUAUGUGUCUAGUCUGUAAGCUGUUACCGUAUGGCUUGAUAAAAAAACCCGUGAAAAUGUAAACCCAUUCCUUGAGUUUAUACUGGUGAAGCAAACACAUAACAUGUUUCGGAGUGCAAAUAACAAUAACGAAAAUCGCAAUAUCGAGGAUUUAACAUCUUUUAAUAAUUGUGGGUUAUUUUAUUCAUUUUUAUAUAAGGGGUCGUCCAGUAAUCGUGUGGGACUUGAAAUGGGGUCCGACAAAAUCACGAGAGGGCUAAAACAACACAUGUAUUAUUACGACGUUAAUUCAAUGUUAUUUAACUUUAAAAACAAUAUUAAAAGAUUACGUCCCUCUCGUCCUCUAAAAUAAGAGGAAUCGAGGGGGGGGGGGAAGUCUAAACUGGGGUUUAAAAAGUUAUUCAAACAUCACGUGAUUAUUUGCCGACUCCUAAGUUG